CUAAAUAAAGUAGUAGCUGGUCGAUGAGCAGAAAUUUGUGGUUUUCUGUUCGAUCCGAUCGUUAGGACGGACACAGAACGGAACAAAAUCUCCGGCGGAAGGGAGGAUCAUGAUAACUCAGUCCAAACUCGUCGAGCAACUCAGAGAUUACCAGAUCAGAUCACAGCACAAGUGCCCUGCUCUCACCAUCUUCUCCCCCAAAUCAUUCCUCACCACCUGGGCUGAUGUUGCGGUUGCCAUUGUCUGGGCCAUUCUGUUUUGCGCGUUAGUAGUAUCAUCAUACUUGGCCCUUCGUUCAGAGCAUUACUGGAUUUCUCUUUUCAUUUUAUGUCUCAGUGUCUCCCUUACCGUGCGUCUGAGAAUCUUGAGACAGGCAAAUGCAAGGAAGAGAGUUAGGCUCUUACCUUUGUCAAUGUGAACCUUCUAAUUCACCAUUGUUUUCCUAUAGUGCUCAGCUGGACAUUUCAAAACAUGGGAACACAAAGGGGAUUGCUUACCAGGUAGGCUCCGUUAGUGUAGAUUUUUUUUGUUACUGCUUUGUAUGUUUUGUUUUUCUGGGAAAGAAUGCAUUUUGAUGUCUUGUGAAAUUGAAGAGUAUACGACAUUGCUCUCCACAUUAGUGCUGUAUUUAGGUGAGAUAUAUGUUACAAGUAUAAUUUGAUUUUUUAACGUAUGGAAAAAGGAGCUCUCUGUUAUAUCU